AUGCGGAAGUCGAAAUUUUUAUUAUUCAGUGUAGUAUAUUUGAGUAUUCUUAUUUUGUUUGGCAAUGGUGAGGAGCAACGGGAUUAUCAUCAAGUUAUUGACCAGCUAGCCAAAGCGUUGAGUAAUAAAGCUCAGUCUAUGAGGAAUGUCACUCAAAUCUUGGAUAAAGUAAAUUUUUUAAAUUUUUUUUGAUGGAUUUAGUGGUGAAUUUUGCCUUUAGGCUUAAACACAUUAUCAGUUUUGAUAAACUAUAAAGUUUUAUCGUUAUUUUUAAUAGGUAAUCGAUAAACCAACCCAAAAGUACAACAUAUCAUCAUCAAAUUGGCGUCAAUUCUCCAACACUUCUACAGAAUCCUACAGCCUACCCUACGCACCAUAUCGACCGUCGGCUAUCGAAAACUUGAAAAAUGUACUAAACGUAACAGCACCACCAACAUCACUACCACAACAAAGAGUUACAGUACCGUCUCAACGUCUUCUCAACGAUAUUUUGGUGGUGCGAUCAAGCAGAAGGUUGUACAUCUUGGCACUGGUCAGUAUUCAUGAAAGUCUCAAUGGUAGAGGCUACGAAUGUGGGCCAAUUGAUGUUAAUAGCAUGGUACAUUUGGGUUCAAUGUUAAGCGCUUUGGAUGAGAUUAAUGAAAAAAUAUUGGAACCGGAUUUGAAUCUGGGUAUGAUUGUUGUGGACACAUGUUCAGCCGACUUGAGAACACUGGCUAAUUUGUAUGAGCUUUUUACUGGUACUAAUAUUCAAAGGCAAGUUUUUGGCUUAAUGUUGUUAUAUCAUUUUUUAAUUGUGGCGAUUUUUCAAUUUUGAACACAUUUUUGAAAUUUGGGAUUGAAAAUUUGUGUUAUCAAAAAAACUGAUAAGUUAUACUUGAUAAUCAUGUAUACAUCUACUCUCUUUGUAUACAAGCGCCCGAAGCAAAGAAAGGAGCAACGGGUCUCGUGGUGUAGUGGUUAUCACGUCUGCUUUACACGCAGAAGGCCGCCGGUUCGAUCCCGGCCGGGACCUGGAAGCUUUUUUUUAUAAUAUCAAUUUUGAUAUGAUAAAAUUAACUGUAUAAAUUUUUAUAAGACGAUUUUUUUUGCAAAAUACGGUAUGCGAGAUGAUUUUUUAUUUAAAAUAAUUUUUUAGGAAUGAUAUUGUAGCUGUGAUUCAUGAUGACAAUGCCCACUUUCCAAUUACCGACAAAUAUUUGAGCCAUUUGGAACUACCCAUUGUUAAAACUUUCUUUCCACGCAAAAGAGAGGUAUUUUUAGAUUUUUUUACAUCUAUAUUAUGAAGCAAAAUUAUAGUUUACUUAAAAUGUACAUAUUUUGUAGCCUUUGGUCUCAUCAGUUUUGCCCUACAUUACUGAGCCAAUUGAAGCUAUCAUGGACCUGCUAAAACAUACCAAAUCAACAUGUGUUAGUGUGAUUCACGAUGAAGCCUACACUGAUUUUGUGAGCGACUUAUCAAAUCUAGCAUUUGAACGUUACAUGUGUAUCGACCGUGUUCUUAACGUAUCGUCCGUAGCUGGUGUAGCUGCUCAACAAAAAGUCAUCAGACAACUACUACUAUCAGAAGCUCGAGUUGUUUUAGUGAUGUAUACGGAAAGGUCAUGGUUAGAUUUCAUUGAAGCUCUAAACGAAGAGAUGGUCAUUAGCGGUCGAUUUAUUUUUGCAACGGUAAAAUCGGAACGAUGGGCUACGUCAAGAUUAUUUUCUGAUAUUUGGCCCAAGUUUGAUCAGUUACUGUUCUCUGUGGCUUAUAAACCGCACAGGAAUAUCAGUUAUUACAACAAGUUGAAUGCCGACUUUCCUCAACUACCGUUUCCAGUCCAAUGGCUACGUCAGUUUUGGACCACAGCUUUUAAAUGCCAUUUUAGUGGAGAUCAGAACUAUGGAGAACAGUUUUCACGGUAAGAGGUUUUUAGAUUGGCGUGACUUUUAGGAUGAACUAUGAUCGUGUUGUAGCUUUUUUUGGAUUAGCGCGAUUUUUAGAAUCGAUGAUCUAGCCUUGCAGCUCUAUUUAUGGACUAGCACUUCCUUAACACUGCCAUCUUUUCAGAAUUUGUCCAACCCAGCAAAAGUUGGAUCUAUCCUCAAUAUCACCAGCCUUCAACGUGGCACCAUCUUCACUAGCUGUUCAUUCAAUUGGCCAUGCUUUAAGAACCCUAGUGGAACGAAAUUGCCCUGGGGCAUUAGUCAAGACCCUAACAGAUUGUCUAAAUGAACCAUAUACACCAUUGAAUCUCCUGGUAAGAUCUGUAUCAUUUGUUCAUCCUUUAACAAAGUCACCGUCAACGUUCUCGAUGUCUUCUGGCAAUGGAUUCGGAAAGGCUGAGCUGGUAUUGACAAAAUUAGUGUUUAACAAAGAUCAACUGGUUGACGAAGAGCUUGGGAUUUGGGAUUCAGAAGGCGGUUUGACGUACACGGCGAACAGCAACUUGUUCGUUGAAGAUAGGGAUGGUACUAGGGUUCAAGUUGUGUCACAAUGUCCAAAGUAGGUCUUUUAAACGUGGGAGGAUUAUCUUUAUUGAUAUUCAGGCUUUGAUGUGCUUGAUAAACGGCUCUGAUAAGCUUGAUAAGCCAAUAAUCAUGCCAUUUUUUAAACCACAGUAACAUUUUUGCAGAUCAUCGUGCUGGGGUAGUAGCGCAAUCAAAAGAACAGCAAAACACCUUCCAAAAUUAAUGGAUUCUGUCCUGAACACAAACACCUUGGUCUUCUCAUGUGUGGCAGUAGUGUUGAUGUUCAUAUGCUUAAUGUGCACAUACCAAAAGAUGGUUUCUUCAGUAAGCGACCCAUUCUGGGUAUGUUCCAGUCUAUCCUUUGUUGGAUGCGCUAUGACUUCAGUGGCUUCAAUAUUGUUCAUAACACAGCCAUCUGAGCCGAUCUGUGCCUUGAGGCUAGGCUUAUAUUCUGUUUGUUUGAUCAGUGUUGUUGUGCCUAUUACUGUCAGGGUAAGUUAUUGUUUUUGGUAGUAGUUAUUUAGGUAACAGUGUGUUCUUGGCGUGACAAAUAACAAUUCCUGGACGUGAAUAAUAUAAAGUUCAUGGCAUGACUAAUAUAAAAGCUUGACAAGGCGAAUAUACGCGUAUAAAGAUAUGAUUCUAGGUCAUAGGAAGCUACAAUUACCAUACAGUAUCGUUGAAGGGCAAUAUUGUGAGUAAUAACCGCGGAUUUUCUGGCGUUACUCAGUUCUGGUCGGCCGUAAUGUUGAUCAUAUCACAAUGUCUUCUGAUAGCUCAAUGGUCCGCUUUUGAUGAUAUUAGGGCGCUGGCGUUCUCACAGUUUGAAGCUCAGUUUUCUUGGAGAUGUAUGGGAGGAGAACAGGUAUGGUUUGGGUAAAGUGCGGUAUAAUGUGGUUUAUUGCGUUAGGUUGUACUUGUAGUGCUAGUAUGCAUACUAAAAUACAUAAAUAAAAUAUUUAAAGUGCAUUUUUAAUGUAAAAAAUGUAUUUUAAACAUAACUUACCUAUGUCUUCUUAAAAGUAACGUACUUAGAUCAAAGUAUUAAAACCCCAGUUAUAACAUGCCUUCUUCAGAGUGAGUACGUUAUGAUAAGAUCCUGCGCUUUUGUGGGCUUGAUGACUAUCCUAACGGUCAUGGCUGCCAUUUUCCGUUGUUCUGCUAAAGAUUUUCACGCUGUGAUCCUCAGUUUUAACGUGUGGUCGAUAAAUGCUGCCAUUUGGUAUUUCGCUCCUGAAUUCAACUUUCAAUUCAGAGAUUUGGGUAUCGGAAUAUGUAGGUUUUGUCUAUUCAGGACGGUUUGGAAUAGCCGCUUUGUUCUGUUUUUGAUGGUUUAGGUUAAGAUUUGAUCUAAAUCUGAUGGUCUCUGGGCUUUUCCGCCUAGAUUUUUCUAGUUUUUCUAUCUGGGUUUUAUACCUGGUCCUUUCUUCUUAUACUAGUCUAAAAAGCAAAUUUUAGUAAUGUUGUACUUUGCUGUAUCAACACUGAUAUCGUCAUACUGUUUCUCACCAAAGUACCCUGUAAUGGAGCUAUACUCGGCGACUUUGAGCAGCACUCUAAUGGACGAUAAUAAGCGUGGAACGUUGAGACGCAAGGUAAAUACAACUUAAAAUUGUCAUAAGUGUAGUAAAAAAGUACAUUUUUGCCUUGAGGCAAUGCAAAAAUGGUUGUCUUAUCAUGUGUAACGGUAACAUGAUUGUAUUUGAUUAUUAUCAGUACCAUAUUUUACUAUAAUGUAAUGAAGAAAAACAAAGAUUCUUAUCCUUGCAGACCCAAUUUAUUGAACAAGAACAAGAGUACAGAACGUUAGGCCGAAGCUACGCUACCAUGCAACAGCCAAGAACCAUUCCUAGGAGUACUAGUGCUAAUAUUAAUGCAGCUACUACAUAA